AUGAGCCAUCUGUCUUACCGCCUGUUGGUUGCUACCACCAUUGUAUUAUCAUGGUCAGCCUGUGAUUCACAAAAUGUUGCCACCAAUAGCAGCAUACCCAGUAGCAGCCAUGUUCGCAAGCUCAGGUCAGACCGACAAUGGACGGAGGAGACAGGGAUGGUGUUCAAAGAGGGUCCUUUCAUUGUCAAUGGUGGCGACGCCAACACGGCGGAGACACCCUGGUUUGUUCACUUUGGCAAUGGCGCUUGUGGAGCUUCCUUGAUUUCAAAAACACGAGUCCUAACGGCAGCACAUUGCGUCCGGAGUGGUGCUCCUGCCACCGUACGAGUUGGUGCUACUACUCAGUCGGAUGGGACCGAAAUUCGAGUCCGAUGUGUCAAGAAACAUCCCAAUUACGACAACUUUGUCACCAAUGAUAUUGCCAUUAUCAAAUUGGCCAGCGAAGCACCCACCGAUUCCUUUAUUGCCAUCAACACGGAUGCGGGGAAUCCGUCGUUGGGAGAACAAAUGACGGCGAUUGGCCUGGGACGUACAUCCAGUAAUGGAGGAGUCGCCAGCAGGUUGCUGGCAAUUAAUGUAAAUUAUGUCGAUCCAGGCACAUGUAACAUUGCAUACGGAGGGGGUGUCGACAGCAAUUUUCACCUGUGUGCUACAACGAACGGCAACGGCGUUUGUAAUGGAGAUUCCGGUGGACCACUCUACGAUAGUGCAUUUGCACAAGUGGGCGUUGUUUCUUUUGGAUCUAGUGGGGGUUGUGGCACGGGUGUCCCAGAUGGAUAUACCCGCGUCUCGCAUUACAGUCAAUGGAUUCAAGAACAACUCACGGACGAUUCCUGCGACGGAUGCAGCAUUUACCCCACGUGCGCCCAAAUCUUCAAUUCGGUUGUCAGUGCGGUCACCAAUGCGGCGCGGUAUAUGUUCCGAGGUGAUAUAGAGUAG